AUGAUACAAUUCCCUCCCACAGCGGCUCACAGUGAUAGUGAUGACCGCGGAGACUUCCAAUCUCUCCCUCAACCACCAUCACCUACAGCAGCAAGAUGGGGUGAAUUUCAUAACAAUGAAUCAGUCACCUCUUUGGACACAAUUCAAAACAGUCGACCCGGCACUCUGCGAUCAUCAUCGAACAUAAACUUAAUAAACAAUUACAGCUCGGCGACUCUAUUAUCAGGCCCUUCAACACCUGGUCCAGCAUACGGCCAUUCAUUAAACGCCUUUAAUCAUGGCCGCUCUUUCUCCGAUACCUCAUCCUACGAUGGAGCAACAGCAUGCCCGACACCAGCUUUACAAGAUGAAAGUAUCAGUUAUGAAGAAUUCAAGAAGGAAGAUCCAGCCACCGCUAGGAAAGUCAGACAUUUCAAUACCUUCAAUAAGCGAUUUGAUACUUCUGUCUAUCAAAUCGAAACACUGCACAAGCACGAUGACGAAAUAUUCCUCCCUCCUUGGAAAAGGAACAUGUAUCGAUUAUCACCACUCUUCACACUUCUAGCCUGUGGUUCAUACUUCCUCUACUACGCAUACCGUAUCAUCUGUAUUGUAGAUGUUCAAAAGGCAUAUGACAAGGUAUACGUCAUGGCGUGGCUUUUUAUUGCAGCCGAAGGUUGCGUUGCUUGUCCCGCAUUACUCCACCAACUUUACCAAAUGUUAUCCAUUCGCGGUCGUUCACGACCAAAGCUUCGUCUUCGUGGUGAAGAGGUACCUACUGUUGAUGUCUUCGUUACGUGCUGCGGCGAAGAUGUAGAUGUUGUUCUUGAUACGACCCGAGCUGCUGCUGCUGGUGAUUACCCUCAAGACCGUUUCCGCGUUGUCGUGCUCGAUGAUGGAAAAGACCCCGAAUUAGAAAAGGCUGUCAACGAACUAUCGCUCGAAUAUCCUAAUGUCUACUAUCAUGCUCGUAUUAAGAUUAAGGGUGUUCCACAUCAUUUCAAAGCCGGUAAUCUUACCGGUGGAACCAAUUUCGUUGUCGAUUUGGAAGGAGGUGAAGCCGAGUUUAUUGCAGCUUUGGAUGCAGACAUGAUUCCAGAAGCAGAUUGGUUGAGGGCUAUUAUUGCUCAUAUGGUAAUUGAUGACAAGAUGGCUCUUGUUUGUCCACCUCAGCUUUUCUACAACGUUCCUACAAAUGAUCCACUUUGUCAAUCCCUAGAUGCUUUCGUUCACGUGAUGGAACCUACCAAGGAUGCCAACGGAGUGGCAUGGUGUACUGGAUCUGGUUAUGCUAUCCGCCGUGCAGCCCUCGACGAUAUUGGAGGCUGGCCCGUUGGUUCCCUCGCUGAAGAUACCUUCACCUCAUCUCUUCUGCUCGGUGCCGGUUGGAGAACCGCCUUUUGUCACGAAGCCCUACAAUUCGGUACCGUCCCCGACACCAUCACCGGCCAUCUGAAACAACGUACACGAUGGACACUCGGAACGUUGCAAACCGCACUCAAAUUAAGAUUCUGUCUAUUUGGAGAUCUAGUCAAAGGCAUGAGCUUUUUUGCCCGUCUCUCCGCAUUCGUCUUCGCCAUCGACGCAUUUUUCAAAAUCUUCCUUUGCAUUGCUCUCCUCACCAUCCCCAUCGUUCUCAUCUCCGGUGGUCAACUAGUAGCCUACAACACCGAAACUCAAUUGAAAUGGCAAAUUAGAUUAUGUUUCAUUCAACUCGUGCUUACUCGUCUCAACGAAUGGGUUACCUAUAUCCCCUCUGGGUAUCGUUUGGCACAACGUGAUUCCGGCGCUCAAUUGUGGAUGGCUCCUUUCCACGCCAAAACAAUCAUCAUGUCCUUUUUGCUCCCUUCCUGGCUCGGUGGAAAACCCAUGGCCUUUUCCAGUUCCGGUAGUCAGAAGAGCGAUAUCAAUGAGCGCGAUCCACAUACACGCGCAGGAGUUUUCAGACGUCUCUGGGUUAUUCUUUGGGAUUGUCAAUGCUACAUGCAUCUCCUCUACAUUCUCUUCGUUAUCGCAGCUGUCACCUACAGUACCGUCCGCGGUCUCGCUCUCGACUCUGAAAAUGAUACUUUGAAGAAGAAGCUCGUUUACCUCCUUACCCAUGCUUUCUGGCCUCCUAUGCUCUGGAUGAUGUGUCUCACAGCUUGUUUCGAGCCAAUCCGCUAUGCAAUUUGGCCACCAACAAUGCCAGACAGAGAAGAAUUGUUGGAUCGCGAUGACAAGACGCAAAUUGCGAGACCAAAGGAAGAGUGGAAAAAAGCGAGAUACGCAAAAACGACUUUCUUCCACGAGUUUCAAUAUACACUUUUAACAGCAUUUACAUGUAUGGUUUUCGUGGGGGCGUUUUUCAUCGAUAUCUGA